UCUUAUUGUUACUCACCGUUUCGUAUGGUUUAAAAAAAGGUUAAAUUGUUAUUAAUGAGAUGGUUAAAUUAAGAGAAGAGAUGGUAGAUAAAAUAAUUAGCAGGGCAAGCAACCGUUUGGCUUGUCGUUGGGAGCCUCGAACUCGUUUUUCUCCGGACUAGAAUUGAGAGCCGGUCCGGUCUUUGGCGUAGAUUCCAGGGUCUCCUUCGUUCCCUCUCUUUCUCUUUCUCCAUCUGCCUGUCUAUUAGCCGACAUGGAUCGAAGGAAGCAUUGGGGAUUUUUCUCUAUCUCUAGCUUUCUCUUUGGGGCAAAUGCCAAGAUGCUGUGAGUGAAGGUUGGCCAUGUUGAUUUCCUGGGACACUUCAACUUCAGGUGAACUACGGUAUUGACAGUAUUACUGGGUGGUAUUGCCAUUGAGGUGCCCAGCAAAUUGCAAUUUCUGACAGCAAGCCUGCUGGUUUGAUCGCUAUCAAAGAAUCAGGGAUCUAGACGAGAAGUUGGCUGGAUGCAUUGCUGGAGUCCACUUUGCAGAGCAUCGCAGAACUGCUGUCACUGGAUGACUUUAAGACUUAUUGAUAUUGACUUCUCACGUACAUGAUUCAUUCUAGUUUUAUAUGCAUUCAUUUCCCAAGAAGUUUGUUCUCAUGGAAUACAAGAUCUAAAAGAUUGUUGGACAUUUAGUCUUGCAAAAGAUGAAGAAGUGGUCUGGGUGUGUCAUAUUAGUGUUUUUAUUUACAUUGCUGAUUUUGAGGUAUGGGAUAAUGGAAAAUCCAUUGGCAGAAACAUCACUUUAUAAUCCCUUUUCUCGCAAUUCAUCUGACCAUCAACAGUGGCUGAUUCUCAGAGAUACACCUGCAGUUCAAAAUCCAGAAAGUGGGUCACAAGUAGUCCCUGCUGAUACAUUGGUCUCCAAUCUUUUUAUGCCAAGAAAUCUUUCUGAUGGGGAGCUACGAGCUCUGCAGACUUGGUACCAUUUGCACCACUUAAUCAGUCAAGCAGAGGGUUUGCCUCAUGCAGUUGAGGCUAUCAAGGAAGCUGGAACUGCAUGGGAAAGCCUUAUGGUCUCGGUUGAAGAUGAAAGACUGAUUAAUUCUGGAAAUGUCAGUGCACACCAGAAAGUAAAAGAGAAGCAGUGCCCAUAUUCUAUUAGAAGAAUGAAUGCUUCAGAAUUUGGUGAUGGCAUUUUUAAGUUGAAGAUUCCUUGUGGACUGGUUCAGGGUUCUUCCAUUACUUUUAUUGGCACUCCUGGUGGCCUUCUGGGUAAUUUUCGUAUCGAUUUAACAGCAACAGCACUUCCUGGAGAACCAGAUCCUCCAAUUAUUUUGCAUUACAAUGUUCGUUUGCAUGGUGAUAAAAUUACCGAGGAUCCAGUAAUUGUCCAAAAUACGUGGACUGUAGCUCAUGAUUGGGGUGCAGAGGAGCGUUGUCCUUCUCCAGAUCAUGAUGAUGAUAAGAAAGUGGAUGACUUGGAGAAGUGUAGUGCAAUGGUGGGUAAAGAUGACAAAAGAAUCUUUGCAUCUAGGCAUUCCAAUGCUUCAAGACAGCCUUCUACCACAAAAGAGGGUGCAAAACGUAGAAGAUAUUUUCCAUUUAAACAAGGAUAUCUUGCUAUAGCUACUCUUCGAGUGGGAGAGGAGGGAAUCCAAAUGACAGUGGAUGGGAAGCAUAUAACAUCCUUUGCUUACCGAGAAAGCUUGGAGCCAUGGCUUGUAAGUGAAGCAAGGAUUUCAGGAGACAUUAAUUUGAUUUCUGUCCUAGCCAGCGGCUUACCCACAUCAGAAGAUUUAGAUCAUGUAAUGGACUUGGAAAUGCUGAAGUCGCCACCUAUGCCCAUUCAUAAAGCUGUGGAUCUUUUUAUUGGUAUCUUUUCCACAGCAAACAAUUUCAAGCGUAGGAUGGCUGUUCGAAGGACAUGGAUGCAAUAUGAUGCUGUGAAGUCCGGUGCAGUUGCAGUGCGGUUUUUUGUUGGCUUACAUAAAAACCAAAUGGUGAAUGAGGAACUUUGGAAUGAGGAGCAAGCCUAUGGAGAUAUCCAGUUAAUGCCAUUUGUUGAUUAUUAUAGUCUGAUUACCUGGAAAACCAUUGCCAUUUGCAUCUACGGGACUGAAGUUGUAUCUGCCAAGUAUGUAAUGAAAACAGAUGAUGAUGCUUUUGUCCGUGUAGAUGAGGUGCUUUCUUCUUUAAAUAGUAUAAAUGUCACACGUGGGCUAUUAUAUGGAAGGAUCAACUCUGCUUCUCAACCUCACCGAAAUGUUGACAGCAAAUGGUAUAUAAGCCAUGAGGAAUGGCCUGAAAACAAAUAUCCUCCUUGGGCACAUGGGCCAGGUUAUGUUGUGUCACAAGACAUUGCAAAGGCAGUUUACAAGCAGCACAAAAGGGGUCGAUUAAAGAUGUUCAAAUUGGAGGAUGUGGCAAUGGGCAUAUGGAUAGAUGAGAUGAAGAAGCAAGGGUUGGAUGUUAAAUAUAUGAAGGAGGAUCGGGUCUAUAAUGAAGGGUGCGAGGCUGGUUAUGUGGUUGCCCAUUAUCAGGAGCCUCGGGAGAUGCUAUGCCUAUGGGGAAAGCUCCAGGAGACACAUCGGGCAACAUGUUGUGGAGAAUGAUGUGUGUCGAGGAUGUUUUUGUGCUUGCAUGAGAACAGUUUUUUUCUUCUAUGGCAUGCCACUUCUUAUGCUUACUGAGAAUUAGAGAGGAGGAUUUUACCAAGGGUGCAAGAAGAGAACCGACCAGAGGUUUUGGUUUACUACGGAUUGGUAUGUAGAGUAUUGGCCGAGAUUCUGAUAUGGUAGCUACGGAGUCCUUCAUUGGUGGCAAUUUUAGGUAGAUACAACUGACUUGUUGACAAGCGUUCUGGAUUAUGUUAGGAUUAAGACUUCCCUUCUGUACCAUAUCCUGGGGAGGUCUACCAUAUUGUUCGCAGAGUUCACAUUAUGACAGGUGGAGAGGGUAUAUGAUUGUAAAGAUUUUUAUGUAGAGCAAUCUAAUUCAUUUCAUUCCUACAAAA